CCUCAUCUGGGUGCAGUUUGGCGGCGUGGACUUCAUCCAGGUUCGGGGGGAAAUGAAGGAGUUUUGCACGUCUGUGAAGGUAGAAGUGAUCCGCGGCGUCGGGGCUAGCUAGUUAAUCCCUCAGCCAGCGCGGUGUGGGACUCCGGCGUGCUAGCUCAUGUGAAGGAGGAGAAGAAGCAGGAGAAGAGAGAGAGAGAGAGAGAAAAAAAACCCCUCAGCUUCCACCUCCAUAACACCCAUUUAUCCCCGUGGCCGUAUGGGCUCCUCCACCGGACGCCGCCGCCGCCGCCGCUGUUGAUCGCCGUGUUUCUGCCCGCCGAGAUGCCCGGGAUGUCGGGAUGACAGGAAGAUGGCAAACGGCGUUGGAAAGCACAAGCUGCUUGUCAUCGGACCAACAGAGCCAUGGUCAGUGAAGGAGAAGCUGUGUUUGGCCACAUCUGUCAUGAAGAGUGGAGAUCAGAACUGGGUUUCUGUCAGUCGAGCCAUCAAACCCUUUGCAGAGCCCGGACGGCCACCUGACUGGUUCUCCCAAAAGCACUGUGCCUCCAAGUACUCAGAGCUCCUGGAAACAACAGAAGCUCCAAAACGGAAGCGCGGUGAGAAAGGAGAAGUAGUGGAGACAGUGGAGGAUGUGAUAGUGCGCAGGCUGACCGCCGAGAGAAUCGAAGAACUUAAGAAGUUGAUUAAGGAAACGCAGGAGAACCACAGGAAGCUGAAGAAAGAGGCAGCACUCAUUCAAGCAGGACAUCUGGACUCUAAACUGGAAGAGCUGUGGGAUGAGAUUCUGCAGAAGAAGAAACAAGAAGAGGAAGAAGCUGAGUUGAGGAGAAAAAAUACAGAUGCUGCUUAUCAGGCCAGACAGGUGGCAAAGAACACACCUAAGCGGAUGCCCAGUGUCUCCUUGCAUUCGCCCUCAGGCUGCAGCUCCCCGAGUCAGGACUUCUCACCAGGUGACCCACUCGAGUGCUUGACACUGGAUCCCGCCUCCACAAAAAAUGCUUCAGGGACAGCCAGGUUAAUGACAUUUGCAGAGCCCGCUGCGUCUGGCGGGGAAGACGGCGGGCACGGCUCCCUUCUGGACGACCCCGCUCAAAAGAAGCUGCUCGGUCAGAAAGCCACGCCGCCUCCCUCUCCGCUCCUGUCCGAGCUGCUGAAGAAGGGAAACAUCUUGGCCACGAAUUCCAGACUGAUCGGGGACGGCGAGUUGUCCAUUAGUACGACAGCGACACAUGACCAGCUGGCUCCACCUGCUCAGCCUCACUCUCAGGCAUCAGGCGCCCCGAUGCUGUCCCGUCUCCUGGAGGCGGGUCCCAGCCAGUUUUCGUCACCGCUGGGCUUCAUGGUGGGCGCAGCAGACUCUGCCUCCAGCGUUCCCCUCUCUGCAGCCACUCCCGGCCCGGUCGACUCUGCUGCCUCAGCACACACAGGGGUGGACGGGAUGGGGCCGUCUGUGGCCCCCGGAAGUCUGCCUGUCUCCACGCAGGACAAAGUCCCCGAGCUCAGCGAGGACGACGUGACGGUGUCCUACAUGGGAGACGAGCUGGAUCUGAAGACAGUGGGGGACAUUAUCGCCAUUAUUGAAGACAAGGCAGAUGAGGCUGCAGAGGCUUUGGAUGCAGCUGCAGUCGAGGCUGCUCUGUCCCUUUGUGAGGAGAAUGGCCACGCUCUGUCCGGUGCCUGGGAUGCCGGGCCUUUCCGGCCUCACGACUCUCACUCCACAGCGCCCACAGGGGCCCCACAGUCCUCAGCCCUGGACGGGAGGACAGAGGCUUCACUCUCCUCCCUCUGCAACACUCAAGAUAACUGUCUCGCAACGUUUCCCAUUGGACUGAGGAGGCUUCCUUCCACUUCCUCGUCCCCGUGCGGCUCAAAGGCUCUGAAGCAGUGCGACAGUGAAGCGCCUUCACAGUCGGAGGCGGUGAAAGAGACUGGAGGGGCGGCGCACCCGAAAUCACGCAUUUCAAUGGAUGUCUCCGCGAAAUGUGAAAGCGAAAAGUGGGGACAGGAGAGACCUGAAAAACCCCACAAAGACUCAGUAUUAGAAGAUAGCCCACUGACAGAAAGGCAUCCCAAGAAGACAAAAACAGAGGUUCGAAAUGGUGACGGGGAAGGAGAGAACGCCUCGGGGACCAAAGCGGGCAAUGAGGUUAACGAGCCGGAAGGAGAGGAAGAUGGCGACGGGGUGGAGGAGUUCUUGUCGGAGCCGGACGGGGAGCUGGAACCCGCGGCCAGCGAGAGCGAGGACGGAUACAGCCUCCACACGGCCUCGUCUUCUCUGCAGCUCCACACCACGGCGGACUCCAUCGCCAGCAGCCCCGCCUCAUCGCAGUUUUCUGUUUGCAGCGAGGACCUGGAAGCCCUUCAGGCUCAGAAGAUCUGGAAGAAAGCCAUUAUGCUUGUGUGGCGUGCAGCAGCCAAUCACAGGUAUGCAAAUGUCUUCCUUCAGCCAGUUACAGAAGAGAUUGCACCAGGAUACCACAGUAUUGUGCACAGGCCCAUGGACCUGGCCACCAUUAAAAAAAACAUCGAGACCGGUUUGAUCCGGACCACCGCUGAGUUCCAGAGGGACAUCAUGCUGAUGUUUCAGAACGCCGUCAUGUACAACAGCCUGGACCAUGACGUGUACCACAUGGCUCUGGAGAUGCAGCGCGACGUCCUGGAGCAGCUCCAGCAGUUUCUUGCCACCCAGCUUAUCAUGGAGACAUCAGAAUCUGGCAUCAGCGCCAAGAGCCUGAGGGGCCGAGAGAGCACGCGCAAACAGGACUCUACUGAUAAGGAUACUGUGUCCAUGUCCUCUCCUGCCUUCCUCCUUUCACUUUUUGAUGGAGGCACCAGGGGGCGCCGUAGUGCCAUAGAAGCUGACCUCAAGAUGAAGAAGUGAUGUCCAGCAGAGUCCUCUCUCAAUCUGCAUCAUGAGCAGUGUUACCUUUACUUGCACUCUAGAUUAACUGGGUAGACUUGGAUGUAGAGAUGCUGGUUUCUUCAGAGGAAUGGAUCACACACUUCACCAUCCCAGAUCACAAAGGGGCAUUCUGAAAAGACGGGGUCCAACCUUUUCAUAGAUUUCACUCACUGUGAAGUUCGUCGGAGUGCACAAAACAAGCAUAGAGGCGACUUCUGGCCGAUAAGCGAGCCGCUGCUGAUUUCAUUGGGCAUCUGGUUGAACUGCAGAGUUGUGUUGCUAAUUUUGUGAUAUAUAUAAGUAUAUAAAACCAGAGGCCAAAGAGUCUGACUAACCUGCGGUGGCUAAUUGUGAACGAUACAAAAUGUGACUCGUCAAAGAAAACCAUGUCAACUUCAAGUAGUAACAUUUUCAGUGCCGAUAUGAAAUUCCCUCAACAUUCAGACCAUUUUUGGACAUGAUUGCAUUGUUUGUGUUGAAUUUGUUUCUCCACUCCACUCCACUUCCUGUGAUGCAUCUGCCCCUGUCAUUUGCUGUGCUUUUGAGGAAACCCGUCACAUUUUAAAUUGUUUUGUGGACUAUGAAGUGUUACAAAAAUAAAA